AUGUGCGAGCUGGCUGCAAGCCUGCAGCAGUCGCGGUCUGGCAGCCCCAUCGUGAUCCUUCGGGAUGUGCAGACUGCCCCAAAAGCAUCGCCCGCUGGCGGGCACAAGCCUGAGACCAUCCGCCUCAUCACCAAGGACUUCAUCCGUGACCUCGUGUAACCUGCGCCGCAGCCGGGAGCAUCCCUCGUUAUUGGCCGGGAGGAUUUCCAGCGCAUUAAGGAAGCUGCUCGAGUCCUGACCAAGGAGGAGCGCGAGGUCAAGCUGGCAGCCCUCAAAGCAGAGAAGGAAGCUGUUCUCGAGGCAGUGAGUGAGCGCAAGAGCGCGGCGAAGCAAAGGGCUGCCCUGCAGCAGCAGACGGGGAAGCUGAGCGAGCUGGAGGAGGAGGCACGGGAGCGGGCCCAGUACCUGCUGCAGCGGGCGAGCAGGAUGCGCCUGGAGCAGGAGGACGAGAUCAAGGAGUUCAGCGAGCUGAUACUCGGUGCCAAGUGCCACAUGAUCCGUGACACGCAGAUCCUUGAGAAGCAGCUCAUUGCAAAAGAGCUUGAGGAAGAAGAGAAGCGCCUGGCCAAGAUGAUGGAGGUGGAGAGGAAAAAGGCCGACGAGAUGCAGGAGGAACUGGAGUGCAGGAGGAAGCAGGAGCUGAUCAGAGGGAGGCAGGAGCUUGUGAAGCAGAUGGAGCAGAACGCGGAGGAGCAAGCAAUGAGAGCCGAGCAACGGGACCAGGAGGCCCAGGAGCUGCUGGAGCACUUGGAGCGACUGAAGAUGGAGGACCUGAAGGACUUGGAGCGGAGGCAGGAACAACAGAAGAAAAUCCAGGCUGAGAUUAAACGCAUCAACGAUGAGAACCAGCGGCGCAAGGAGGAGCAGCGGGAGCAGGAGAGGAUGGCAGACGAAUGGGUGCUUGAGUACCAGAGGCAGAAAAUGGAGCGUGAGGCUGAGUUUGAAGCUGAGCAGGAGAGAAUCCGUCGGGAGAAGGAGAAGGAAACGGCGCGCUUGAGGGCCAUGCAAGAAAGGGCCCAGGACCGCCAGGCAGAACAGGACGCGCUGAGGGCCAAGCGCAGCCAAGAGGCUGCCGAGCGAGAGUGGCGGCGCAAGGAGAAGGAGGCAGCGCGGAGGAAGGCUGAGGUGGAGCAGAUGCUGAAGCGGAGCCGCCUGGAGCAGAUCGCCCAGCGGGAGCACAGCAUGGCCGUGCAGGUGCAGCAGGACCGCCACGAGUUCGAGAGGAUCCUCCGCAUCGCCCAGCUCAAGCAGCAGAAGAUGCAGGAGCUCAGAGCCUCUGGCAUCCCCGAGAAGUACUGCGCCCAGGUGGAGCGGAGGGACCGGAGCCGAGCAAACGCGGCCCCUGGCCAAGCUCAGCCCCAUGAGGAGCAGAGCGAUGGUUCCCCAGCGACUUAA